AGAGCUCAACUUUUUCCAAGUCAGCUCGCGCCGAGACUCAAAAAAGGAGAAGAAAAGUAACUUUUACCUGAAGUAAUCCUGCCUGGGGGUCUCCACUUUUUUCUGUGAGUAACGGGUCUUGUUUGGAAGUCAUGCAAAGCGUUCUGAACACUUUUCGAUCGCGUGAGGAACUUCAAUGAAGACUUUUGCUCAUUAUUUCCUCUCAGGAAUGGUUAUUUUUUCGUUCUCAUGGGCUAACAUGCCUCUCCGAGUCUCUCUGUUUUCAUAGCUGAGCUGUGGCUGUGCUGUGCUGAGCGGGCUGUGGCUGUUCGCUCGGUGGUCUUCGCUGCUUCACGGAUGCUCAUUGAACCCACAGGUCGCCGCCUCGGUCCGGUCUAUGCAGCCGCGGGAACAAAAGAGAGCGAGAAGUCAGCCGCGACUUUCAUGAAGGCGAGCUGGUAGCGCGACUCGGUCGUUUUUCUGCACGACUUUUGGACGCGAUGGCCGGCGUGGUGCGCAGCCUCAGCCGCUGUCUGCUGCCCGCCGAGGCCCCCCAGGAGAGGAGCAGCGGGAAGGAGGGCGCGCGGGCUCGUGAUGCCAACCAGGAGCGCGAGGCCAAGCGCCGGAGUCGCGAGAUCGAUGCCAUGCUGGCGCGCGAGAGGCGCUCGGUCCGCCGCCUCGUCAAGAUCCUCCUGCUGGGAGCGGGAGAGAGCGGCAAGUCCACUUUCCUCAAACAGAUGAGGAUUAUUCACGGCAGGGAGUUCGACCAGAAAGCUCUGCUGGACUUCAGAGACACCAUCUUCGAGAAUAUCAUCAAGGGCAUGCGGGUGUUGGUGGACGCCCGGGACAAGCUGGGUGUCCCAUGGCAGAACUCAGAGAACGAGAAGCAUGGCAUGUUUGUGAUGUCGUUCGAGAACAAGGCGGGCUUGCCAGUAGAGCCCUGCACCUUCCAGCUGUAUGUGCCCGCCCUGCAGGCACUGUGGGGUGACUCGGGCAUCCAGCAAGCGUACGGGCGCAGGAGCGAGUUCCAGCUGAGUGAAUCGGUGAAGUAUUUCCUGGACAACUUGGAUCGGAUUGGGCAAUUGAAUUAUGUCCCAAGUCGUCAGGACAUCCUACUGGCCAGGAAAGCCACCAAGGGCAUUGUGGAACACGACUUUAUCAUCAAAAAGAUCCCCUUUAAGAUGGUGGACGUGGGUGGCCAGCGGUCACAAAGGCAGAAGUGGUUCCAGUGCUUUGACGGCAUCACCUCCAUUCUCUUCAUGGUCUCGUCCAGCGAGUACGACCAGGUGCUGAUGGAGGACCGCCGCACCAACCGCCUGGUGGAGUCCAUGAACAUCUUUGAAACCAUCGUCAACAACAAGCUCUUCUCCAAUGUCUCCAUCAUCCUCUUCCUUAACAAGAUGGACCUGCUAGUGGAGAAAGUGGCCAAGGUCAGCAUCAAUAAGUACUUCUCCGACUUCCGUGGAGACCCACACCGGCUGGAGGAUGUGCAGGCCUACCUGGUGCAGUGCUUCAACCGGAAGCGCCGCAACCGCAGCAAGCCCCUAUUCCACCACUUUACGACAGCCAUCGACACAGAGAACAUCCGCUUCGUUUUCCAUGCCGUCAAGGACACCAUCUUGCAGGAGAACCUCAAAGACAUCAUGCUGCAGUGACUGAGAAAUCUCUGCCAGCCUGAUGGAACUCUGCCACUGUAAUUUUGCCACUGUGAGAGGAAACUGCCUUCUGGACAUCAUUUCUAGCCAGUUUCAGCAGGCUAGAUGAAUAGGUAAUAAACAGCGAUAAUAUUGGUUAUGUAACUAGUAUUACUGCUUUUAUGUAAGAUAGCACCAACCAUGUGGUCAACUGUUUGAAAAAAAGAGACUAUUGGGCUAUUGUAAGGACUUGUACCACUAUGUAAAUGAUUAGGGUGAGACCACAGAGAAUCGAGACAAGUUGUCUGUUUAGUAGAACUGAAAUUAUGACAGUAGCAUGUGAAUAUGGACAUUUGCAAUAUGAAUAUUUGAAAAAAACACUGAGAUUUGUUUGUAUGUAUAUGUGUAUGUAUGUGGAGGAAAACGGAGGCGAGCAGCAAGUGAGCAAGUGUAAAAGCUUCAAAUUCUGAUUCGAGCUUAUUGCAUUUAGAGAUGCUGCAAUGGAGUUAGUCAUGAUGAAGCUGAAAUUAAUCACGGACGUCCUGACUGCUCCUAAUCACGCUUCAUCUGUUUUCCUCUGCAAUGCUGUACAAAAGGCCUUAUUAAUUAAAAACAAUGGGGACCUUAGUGAAGCCAAGAACAUCUGACAGUGUUGUACGUCAGCAAGUAAAAAUGGCUCAACCCAAAAAUUUCUUCCGUGGCAAACUUUGAGCAUCUCUUUAUGGAUGUACAUUCCCAUUGCUUUCUCAAUCUCACAACAUUAUCCAAGCACUUCUGAUUCUGACCACAUCAUUUCUUCAACAACUACCCACCGAAAAGCUUUGUAGCUACUCUUCUGCACUAACAUUUACAUUUGACCCCUAGGUGUUGAAAUUUUCCAUAUUAUUUCAAUGUAAUAGCAGUUUUAUAUGCAAACUCAAGUGGGUCCUUCAGGAGUGUUAUCUCUGAAUUUAAGCAAGACGUUAUGCAAAAUGUGUGUAAUUAAUUAAACAGGGUUUUUUGU